AUGGUCGAGCUCCCCAAAUCUCUCUCUGCAAGACAACUCUUCAAGCUCCUCAAAGCCGAAAGAAGCGUACAAUCAGCACUCGCUCUGUUCGACUCAGCAAGUCGCCAACCAGGUUACACUCACUCACCCCACAUUUUUCUCCACAUUCUCCGCCGACUCACUGAUCCAAAACUCGUGGUUCACAUGUCUCGUAUUGUUGAACUUAUUAAAGCCGAGAAAUGCAAAUGCACAGAAGAUGUUGUUUUAACAGUAUUAAAAGCUUAUGCAAAAAACAAGAUGCCAAACCAAGCCUUAGAUUGCUUCCAAAAAAUGGAGGAAAUUUUUGGGUGCAAGCCUGGAAUUAGAUCUUACAAUGCUUUGUUAAAUGCUUUUAUUGAAGCAAAUCAGUUAGAAAAAGCAGAGUCUUUGUUUGCUUAUUUUGAAACGGUGGGUAUCUUGCCUAAUUUGCAAACUUAUAAUAUUUUGAUCAAGAUUUCGGUUAAGAAGAGACAAUUUGUCAAGGCAAAAGGGCUGUUGGAUGGGAUGUGGAGUAAAUAUUUAAAGCCUGAUGUGUAUAGUUAUAGUACUGUGAUUAAUGGGUUGGUGAAGAGUGGGGAUUUGGUAAGUGCGCAUGAGGUGUUCGAUGAAAUGUUUGAAAGAGGUUUAGUUCCUGAUGUGAUGUGUUAUAAUAUAAUGAUUGAUGGGUUUUUUAAAAGAGGGGAUUAUCCCAAGGGGAAAGAGAUUUGGGAGAGGUUAGUUAAAGGGUCUUGUGUUUAUCCAAAUGUGGUUACUUAUAACGUUAUGAUUAAUGGGUUGUGUAAGAUGAGGAGGUUUGAUGAGAGUUUGGAAAUGUGGGAGAGAAUGAAGAAGAAUGAGUGUGAAAUGGAUUCGUUUACUCAUAGCAGUUUGAUAUGUGGGUUAUGUGAGGCGGGAAAUAUUGUUAGAGCUGUGGAGGUUUAUGAAGAAAUGGUCAAGAGUGGAGUGGUGGUGGAUGUUGUUACUUAUAAUGCAUUGCUUAAUGGGCUUUGUCGUGCCGGGAAGAUUAAGGAAAGUUUUGAGUUGUGGGUUAUGAUGGCGAAGGAGAAUUGUCACAAUGUUGUUAGUUUUAACAUAUUUAUUAGAGGAUUGUUUGAAAAUAGGAAGGUUGAAGAAGCUAUUUCUAUUUGGGAACUCUUUCGUAAAAAGGGUAGUGGAGCUGAUUCUACUACUUACGGAGUUUUGAUUCAUGGGUUGUGUAAGACUGGUCAUUUGAAUAAGGCUUUGAAGAUAUUGAAAGAUGCAAAAGAUGGAGGAGAUAAGCUGGAUGCUUUUGCAUAUUCUUCGAUUGUUGAUGGGUUAAGCAAACAUGGGAGAGUAGAUGAAGCGUUGGGCAUGGUGCAUCAGAUGGAUAGUGAUGGCUGUAAGUUGAGUCCUCAUGUUUGCAAUCCAUUGAUUAAUGGGUUUGUCCGAGCUUCUAAACUUGAGGAAGCAAUUAAAUUUUUGAGGGAAAUGGAAUCCAAAGGUUGUUCUCCGACUAUUGUCUCCUAUAACACUCUAAUAAAUGGUCUUUGCAAGGCAGAAAGAUUUAGCGAUGCAUAUUCUUUUGUAAAGGAAAUGCUAGAAAAAGAUUGGAAGCCAGACAUGAUCACUUAUAGCUUAUUGAUGGAUGGCCUUUGUCAAGGCAAGAAGAUGGAUAUGGCCCUCAACUUGUGGCGCCAAGUUCUUGACAUGGGUUUGGAGCCUGAUGUAACCAUGCACAACAUUUUGAUACAUGGGCUCUGCUCUGCAGGCAAAAUUAGAGAUGCUUUGCUGCUCUAUUCAAAUAUGAAGCAGUCAAACUCUCUUCCCAAUCUUGUUACGCACAACACACUUAUGGAUGGGCUCUAUAAAGCCAGAGAGUGUGAAAAGGCAUCAGUGAUUUGGGCUUGCAUGUUCAAAUAUGGGUUUCAGCCAGACAUAAUCUCCUACAACAUUAAACUCAAGGGGCUUUGUUCUUGUGGUAGAAUAUCGGAUGGCAUUUUGCUCUUUGAUGAUGCAUUGAAACAUGGAAUACUUCCUACUGCCAUUACAUGGUAUAUACUUGUCAGAGCCGUGUUAAUGUUGGGACCUCCUGAUUCAUCGUCCUCAAAUGGGAAGUCUAAUGGAUAUGCUCAUACUGGUAUGAGUUGGAACUUCCUUACUGCAAACGUUGUUUUCUUAAUAUCGUGGCAAUACUUGCAGGUGCGAAUGGAUCUUGCUUAUGACAACUUCAACACAGCCUCCAACCACCUCUUAGGCGAGCAGUGA